AUGAGGCGACUGCUGAAUGUAGAGCAGGCAGCGCAGCUCUUCUUUGAGCUGGAUGGCGCAGAGGGAGACUCGGAGCCGGAGUCUGAGCCAGAGAGCGAGGACUUCGACGACGACGUGGAUGAUCCCUCGUUUAUUUUGGAAGAGGAACAGAGUGCUACUCGGAGGUCUGCACAGAGGAUGGGACGGCUUGUCACACCCACCAGGUCCAGAUCUCCGAUGACUCCGGCAGCAGAGCCACGCCUCCUCUCUGGGCCCUGGAAGACAGAGGAGGAUGCUGACAGCGCCCCAGCUGUAAGUAGGUUUCAGCCACGAAGAGCACCGGGGGUCCAGGUGGAGACACUUUCUCCCCAAAGUCCCAAAGACCUUUUCUUGCUGUUUUUUGCAACUGACACAGUUAGAACAAUCUGCUACAACACCAACAAAAAUGCUGCAAAAAUCAGGGAAAUGGGGAAGAAGUACAGCUGGACUGAUGUACAGAUGGAGGAUCUGUACAAGUUUUUAGGAGUCCUGAUCUACAUGUCAUUGGUGUCGCUGCCAAGUCUCCAGGACUACUGGCGACAGAACCACAUUUUGUCUGUGCCUCUUCCAGCCAAGGUGAUGACCAGGGAGAGGUUUCGCUCCAUUUUUUUGGAACAUCCACCUCAGUGA